CCUCUCCCGUCCUGUAGGGGGCGCUGUUCACUCUUUAAUCUUUGCGACAGCCGAGCCGUAAUCUGUUACUGAGAAUCAAAGAUGGCGUCCGGCAGUGGGUCCAGUAAAAAUGAUUUCCGUAGGAAGUGGGACAAGGAGGAGUAUGAAAGCCUCGCUCAGAAACGGCUGGCUGAGGAAAGAGACCGAGAGAGGAGAGAUGGUAAAACAGCACCCCCCGUUAAGCGGGACCUCCUGCGUCACAGAGACUAUAAGGUGGAUCUGGAGUCCAAACUGGGGAAGACCAUUGUCAUCACAAAGACCACUCCUCAGGCGGAGAUGGGCGGUUAUUACUGUAACGUCUGCGACUGUGUAGUGAAAGACUCCAUCAACUUCCUGGAUCACAUCAACGGGAAAAAACACCAGAGGAACCUGGGCAUGUCGAUGCGAGUGGAGCGCUCGUCCCUGGAUCAGGUGAAGAAGCGUUUCGAGGUGAACAAGAAGAAGAUGGAGGAGAAGCAGAAAGAGUACGACUUUGAGGAGAGGAUGAAAGAGCUGAGGGAAGAGGAGGAGAAGGCGAAGGCCUAUAAGAAGGAGAAGCAGAAGGAGAGGAAGCGGCGUGCGGAGGACGAUGUGGACUUUGAAGAGGACGAUGAGAUGGCGGCUGUGAUGGGUUUCUCGGGUUUUGGUUCGUCUAAGAAAAGUCACUGAUGCUCUGCAGCUCCACGCGUCAGGAGGACCACCACCAAUCAGUACCGGAGACUGGUUUAAGCUCCGCCCCCUCUGUCAGCUGGACUCUCAGACCAGAAUGAGGAAGCAGGAGUCUGUUAUUCCACAGUCCUGGUUUAGACUUUUAACCCCUGCAUUUUCUUUUUACCUACAACCAGGCUUUUAUAUUGAUAUUUUGAUCCCUGGCUCUGUCUUUCCUGGUGGUGUAAUCUUUGUUUUAAUGAACCCAUCAGGUCAAAGGUCAGACCGGACAUCAUGUUGAGCUGUCUGAAGGGAGAGAGAAGAUGGACAGAGGGAAGAAGAUGAGACCAAACCGAGCUUGUCUCUUUGAGUUCAGGUAUUUUAUUUCAGUAGUUCACCGCCCAAACGGAGACUGUCAAUCAGAUUAAGAUAUAAACCACCGGAGAGUUUCUGGUGUCAAGAGCUGAGUUCAGGAAUGAUUCUCUAAACUUGUUUAAACUUGGACACAUGGAGAAAAGUGUUGCUUCAUCAUCUGAGCUCUGAUGUGUCAGCAGGAUGAAUUCUGAUUGUAAUAAACUUGUUUUAUUUGUUUAUAA